AUGGCUGAUCUGAAAGAAGCCGAAAAGGUGCUCGACUUUGAGCUGCAUAAAGUCUCCCGUAAACCGACUCUCCAUACAGGAGAGAUCAUCCUCAUUCACCAGAGCCACGGCCCGGAACUUACACGUUCUCUAUCCUGGCUAGGCGCCUUGGGAUUAGCAUUCAGCAUCUCCAAUUCGUGGAUUGGCUAUGCGGCGACACUAGGAACCAUGCUCACAUACGGCGGCGGCCAGACAUCGCUUUUUGGCGCGAUUUUAGGCGGAGUCGCGCAGUGGAUAGUGCUCUUGGGAACAGCAGAGCUGGCUUCGGCGUUUCCGUCGUCGGGUGGCCAUUACCAUUUCACCUAUUGGUUGGCUCCACGGGGGACGCGGAAGUUGGCCUCGUUCACGGUGGGCAUGAUCACGCUGUUGGCCUGGUGGAUCAGCUUAAUCUCGGGGCUGAUAUACAUUACUACCUCGGUUUUCGGGAUCGUCGCCUUUUGGACCCCCGGGUUUGUGAUACGCGAAUGGCAGAUAUAUCUGGGGUACUUGUUGGCAAUGCUUCUUUCCUUAAUUCCUCUUUUCUCGGUUCCUGUGGAGAAGACCGACUACAUGACCCGGACAACCCUUGCGGUGUCGAUUGUUGGGCUCGUGGUGACAAUUGUCAUCCUCCCCGCUAUGGGCGGUAAUGACUAUCAUCCGGAAAACAUCAUGAUCAAUCGCAAUCAGAGCGGAUGGGCGACGCCAACCGGGUGGCUUUUGAGUAUGGCCCAGGCUGAGUACUCCUUUGUUGGAGCAGGGACCAUCGUUCAUCUCGCAGAGGAGACUCCGAGACCUGAUCGAAUCCUUCCGUUCGUGAUCAAUAUGACGACGCUAAUCGGCUUGCUGGGAGUGAUACCCUGGGUGAUUGGCGUGCUCUGCGGUAUUGACGACGUGGAUGCAGUCCAGAGAGCAUUCGUACCGAGUCUCGAGGCUUACUACCAGGUGACGGGGAGCAAAGCGGCCGCGACCUUUCUCCAAGCGUGCAUAGCUUUGAUUUGUUACAAUAACGGUCUCCCUUUCUCCCGAUACUGGAACCACAUUGACCCCCAGUACAAGUUCCCUGUCCGGACUGCUCUCCUUUCGGCUGCGUUUACCGUGCUUUUUGGCGUUAUCUACAUUGCCAGUACUACAGCUUUCAACUCCAUGAUCAACAUUACCACCCUCCUGGCUAACGUGGCGUUCACCAUCCCGCAGGGUAUCCUAGCCAUCGGCGGUCGAAACAAGCUACCUGCUCGACAUUUCAAUCUGGGGCGGUUUGGGUAUCCGGUGAAUAUCUUUUCUGUAUUGUGGCUCAUUCUGUCCGGGGUGCUAUUCUGCCUGCCGGUAACGCUUCCAACUACCUUGAGUUCCAUGAACUAUGGAUCAGUCGUGCUAGUUGGGAUCUUCCUCGCCAUUCUACUGAUGUAUAUCGAACGACGAGGGAAGUUUUCCGGACCACAGAUUCUCCACGCUUGA